GUUCAAUCCAACAAGUUUGGAGAGCGUGUUGAGUUUAAUCAAUUCAGAACGUCGAGAUGGAGCCCAACUCAGUGAAGUGGGUAGGCUCUUCUUGCGGUUUACACGGACCAUAUAUAUUCUACAAAGCGUUUAAAUUUCACCGGGACGGUAAACCAAGAAUUCUGUCCCUCGGAGACUUUUUCUUCGUGAGAUGUAACGUUAAGCCUGGGGAUCCGAUUUGCAUAGCGGAGCUACAGCUGUUGUGGGAGGAAAGGACUACUAAACAACUUUUAUCAAGCUCAAAACUUUAUUUCUUACCCGAAGAUACUCCCUUGGGAAGGACAGUUUGCCAUGGAGAGCACGAGGUCAUUGCUGUGUCAGAGAAGGUGAUUGUUCGGUUGGAGGACCUGGUGAAGUGGACAGUCCCAGAGUUUUCGGAAUGGUCCCACGGGCUGCGGGCAGCGCCUCUGAAGCCCUCUGUCCUGAGGGAGCUGGGCACCAACGGGCACAGAGAGGCACUCCACAGAUACAGGGAGAGCACCUUCACCAGCGGCCUCAACUUCAGAGAUAUCCAAAGGGAGAGGUCUCAACUGGGCCAGGAAGAUGACGGCAAGAAGGUGCUGGUGCUGAGCUACCCCCAGUACUGUCGUUACCGCUCGGUCCUGGCCCGGCUCAGAGAGCAGCCGUCGGCCCUGCUGACGGACCACACCGUGCUGGCUCUGGGCGGCAUCGCCUCCCUACACGGCACCACACGCAUCCUCUACUGCAGGGACACCUUCGAACACCCCACCCUGCUGCAGAACGAGAGCGUCUGUGAAGAGUUCGCCCCUAACCUGAAGGGUCGGCCACGGAAGAAGAAACUGUCAGUGUCCCAGCGAAGGGACUCCCAGGGCCACAGUCAGGGGCCUCAGGGACCCCAAGAACCCAGCACCCCAGAGAACAAGUCUCCCACCAAGGUAAAACCUAACUGCAAGGUAACAGUUCCCACCAGCAAGGGCACAACGGCCAAACCCAGGAUCUGUAAAAAGGCAUCUGUGGAGGAGAAGGUGGAGAGGGAGGAGAAGCAGGAGAAGGAGGAGAAAGAAGAGGAUGAGGAAUCAUCAAAGGAAAGUGGUGCAGACGAGCAGGCCUUCCUAGUAGCCCUAUACAAGUACAUGAAAGAGAGGGACACACCUAUCGAUAGGAUCCCCUUCCUGGGGUUUAAGCAGAUAAACCUUUGGACUAUGUUUCAAGCUGCUCAGAAACUCGGAGGAUAUGAGUUGAUCACAGUUCGCAGACAGUGGAAAAAUGUAUAUGAUGAGCUGGGUGGAAACCCAGGAAGCACAAGUGCCGCUACAUGCACACGAAGACACUACGAGAGGCUCCUCCUACCCUACGAGAGGCACACCAAAGGAGAGAAGGACAAACCCCUCCCCUCAGCCAAACCCAAAAAACAGGAGCAUGGGGCCCAAGAGGGGGGUGCCAAACCCAAAGCGAAACGACCUAAAGGUGGACUAAACCAGAGACAGGUGGCCAGGAAGGAGAGGGAGAGCGAUGACACAACAAAAAGCCGGGAGCUCUCACAGGUAUCUGAGGAGAAAGAGGAGAACCAGGAGCUUGCAGUGAUGAAGCAGGAUCAUCUUCCCAGAGAGGAGCCUGAAGAGGAGUUACAACACACCUUGAAGAAAGAGGAGACAUUGAGCCAGGAGGAACCAUCCCGCCUGAAUCCCUCCAACACAGACUGCCACCAAGCCACACCUGUCCUCCACAGUGACCUGUGUCCACAGCCCGAGUGGAGACAUCCCAACCAGCCACAAUCAGACAAAUUCAACCCUGAGCAAAAGAACCAAGCCAAUGGAACCCUCUCUAAGACCCCAUAUCCACACAACUGGGACAACAACAACAGUAAACAUGGGUAUAGCAGUCUAGCUGACCCAAGCACACCUGACACUCCAGUAGCUAAAGACACAGACUGUCACGGUUAUGGACAUGGUGGGAGGGUGGGGAAGGUGCUGCCCAUGUGUAAGCAGAGCCCACCCCCACUGCAGCUGUACUCUACAGAGCCACUCACAGACAAACAGGACUCCCCCAGUAAAAACAAAGCAAUAAAUCAGUGUCACAUGCACAUGCCAACAGCGUACUCCAAGGACAACCUGGGGGUCAUGUCCCCACUAGCCAAGAAGAAGCUCCUCUCCCAAGUCUGUGAGACAAGUCAUUACUCAUUCAGUUCCCCUCCUCUCCCUCCUCCCACUCCGUCAGCCAGCGUGGGUGAUGUGAGCGACAGUUGUGUUGAAGAGGUGGUGAAACUGAGGCAGGACUCCCUGCCGGACAGCCCAGAGAUGGCUCCCGUCUUCAGGCCUUCUGUCAUCCAGCACGCCCAAAGUGUCAAACCCCAGCAAGAGAGGAGUCCUCUGGGGGAUCUGUCUGAGCCUUUCACUUGCAGAGUGAGCCACUUCCAGCCCCGGCUCAACCCCCCCUGGCACCCCUACCUCCACAGGACUGAGCACCAGGAUGGAGUGGAGAAUGCAGGGGAGACACGGAUGCAGCAGCACCCAAGUCAGGCACCACCAGGCUAUGCAGGCGACUGCUACUCCUCCCCUCACCUACACAACCUCUACCGGCAGACAGAGAACUGUCUGAGUCAAGAGCGAAUGGCCAAUUAUCCCAACAGAGACAAACAGGGACAUUUUAUCGGGGAAUGUCAGAGCAGUGAGGGCUUUAGCUUAAACAAUCCUGAUAGAGAUGGGUUGGCUUACAGAGCUCCCCACUUCUCUGAGAGGACACAAACACAUGGGGAUAGACCAUUGGACGAGGAACCUCGAGAUUUCAGUAUUUCCAAGCCUGUCACUCAAAGGAUGUCUUUCACAAAGCCCUCUUUCUGUGGCCUCCCGUAUCCCAUGAUGCACCAGAGUUUAGACUAUCACCCCAAAGCAUGCAGAGUCCCCCCCAUGACUAUAUCUACCCCCAAACAGAACCCAGACCCCCCUCAGCCCUUCUUCAACCCUAAAAGCCACGCUGAGACUGUCAGUGCCUCCAGACCCAGUAAGAGAAGCCUGGGGGAACUAGAGAACGAGGGGGUGCCAGACCGCAAGGUGCGAGUGGUGACCCCCAUGCACCCCGCCGGCUCUGUCCGCAGGGGUGACCCACAGGGGGAGGAGCUCAAACCAGCUGAACCGGCGCACGCCGUCCACCUCCACAGCCACAUUCCCGAGGGCCACACCUACCCUCCCCACGCGCCCUUCUACCCAGGGAUGUACCCCGGGAUGCAGGACGCCCUCCAUCACAACCUCCAAUACCUGAAGAGCCAGACAGCCGUGUCCCCCCUUGUCCCUCCACUAGCCUUCCACUCCAUGAUGCUACAGAGGCAGCUGAUGGCCUCACAGCCCAGUCCCCAUCACUUCUACAGGCACCCUGGGGGGGCGGCCCUGUACGGGGACCUCCUGCACCACCUGUACCCCCUGUCCACCCUUAACCACCCACAGCUGUCCUCCAUGCACCCCAGCACCAGACUCUAACAGACAGACCCACAUGGAGCUUAACUGUCUCUACCUGGGACAGUGGAUCUAGUGUUCUAUUCUUCAGUAAGCAUGACAACACUGGUUAACUGUAGCUGGUGGAUUUAGUCAGGCACACAGUUCAAUUUUUUGUAUUCUUUGUUUGUUUUUGCACUGUGCUGGAUCACCACUUAUGUUAUUCCAUUUGCACUCUAUGUAGUGUUUGUGUUCACCAACCAGGUUCAUUCUCUCGCUCAACAGUCAGGUUCUUACUAUCUUUGAGUGUGGAGGGACGGGAAACAGAGAAAAGCCAUUGGCAUGCAUGUUGGGGGAUAAUCAUAUUUGCUGGGUCUCCAAAGGGAUGGACUACAUCACUGCAAUGCAACAACCUCAUCCUCCAAAUGUGUUCUGGGGAUUUUAUCAGGUUAAAACACUAAAAACAUGAGGGGACUAUGUAAAAUAGACUCUUUACGCAAAGUUUACCAUUGGAAAAGUUUAAUGCAGCUGUUAAGCAUUAGGCUACUCCACCUUCAAUCAAGUUUUUAUUUUAUUUUUUAUAGCUCUCUAGUGUGGUGCUUUGGCCUGUUUGUGUUCAUGUAUAAGUCAACUACACCUUUAUUCUUAUGAAUUACUGUGUUAAACCACGGUGCUGUACAAAACCACAAGGUCCUGAGGUAUUGUAUGUAGAUAAAAGCUCAUUUUCAUCAGAACGCCCAAGCUGUGAAGAAACCACAUUUGAUGUUUUUCAUCGUUUUUUAAGGCGAGUCGUAUCGUUUGUCAGGAACAUUCUCUCAAUGUUUUGUUGACCCCUGAGAGAUGGGAAGGUGACCCAGAUACAUUAAUAUAUUGAACAGAAAGCAUUUGUACUACGCUUCACAUCUGAGUCACUGAUGCUGCCUACUGUGACAUCUGACAGUGCUUAUCUUGACAUACUGUAGCUCUGAAAAAUCACUCAUUAUUUUGUCUAUGGCUGUUUACUCCGCCUCCUUCGUUCAACAGCAUACUGUAUGAUAAAUAAAAAUGUGUCUUGUAGAUUAUUGCUUUGUGAAUAUCUGUGCCUUUCUUAAUCUUCGAUUACUGGUUGCAGCACUACAGUUAUAAGGUUCCAUUCUAUCGUCACAUUGCAGUGCAAACUCAUUGGACUGUAAUUGUAUAGUAUCAUAGUUACUGUUUAGCAAAGGGAUAGUUAAGCACUGGUGUAGAGAAUGGCUACUAGAAUAGACUUAUGUACCACAGCCAGGCUCCGUGAUCAAAAGGAACCCUGUAGAGCCUGAGGACUAAUAGCACCUGGCCUGGGUUUACAACCAUCAUAACUGCUUUUAAUGGGUAUUUGGGACAUAUGAAAUAUAGGUAACACAUAGCUGUUUAAUUUAGUCAUAAAGCAAAUCAGCUGAGAUUUAGCAGACACUUAAGAUAAACAUUCAUUCACAAUUACAUGUUCUGAAUGUCAUGUUUGCUUCAGCAGCAUUAGUAACUACUGUUUAGGCUACUUAACAUUCAAAACAAUUCUCUGGUAUCUUUCUCUGUCUGACAUCUUCUGUAAAUAAUAAUGUAAAUACUGUUGACUUCUGACAGUCUGUUAUCAUGUGUUAUAUGUUAUAAUCUGUAAAUAGUAUAAAUGCAUACAGCUGCUUACACAAUCUAGAUGUGUCAAAGGUCACCUUAUAUUAGAUCUGAACACUAUUGUAGGACACUUUUUAUUUGCUUGUUUUCCACAUUGUUUCCAUAUUGUUAAUCUUUAACGUGUUUUUGAUACAAUGUGCCAUCUGUUUACCAAUCAUUUAGCUGGCAAACAAGAAGAAAAACAUUUUGUAUUAUAUGAUCCUCUGUAUAUUUAAUUAAAAUAUUUUACUAUCUA